AUUAUGAUGAAAAGAGCUGACGCCACUCACUUGCUGGGUGUGAAGAGGAAACUUGAGGACAGCAGCUCAGAUGAAGACUCCAAAUUGUCCAGACAAGACUCCAGCCAGAAUGAAUCUCUGAGCGACCAAGAAGAACCCCGAGCCGGAUUCUCCAUGCCGUCCGUUUUAGUCCACGGCAGGGACACGGACUCUUCCCCGAAGGGCUCCAAGUUCUCCAUGUAUAACAGCGUCUCACAAAAACACACGGCAAAAAUGGGCUUCCGCGAGGGGGACGGUCUCGGCAAAUUUGGCCAGGGUCGCAGGGAGAUUGUGGAGGCGUCCACUCAGCGGGGGAGGCGGGGUCUCGGUUUAACUCUACAGGGAUUUCAAGGGGAGCUCAAUGUUGACUGGCGUGAUGAACCUGAGCCCAGCGCCACAGAGAAAGUAGACUGGUUCCCAGAAUGCACCACAGAAAUUCCUGACGCGGAGGAACUGCGGGACUGGAUGACAGUAGGGCCAAGAAAAAUGAAGAUCGAAGAUGAAACUGAGUUCUGCACCGAAGACCUUUUGCACACUCUUCUCAGGUGCAAGACGGUGUUCGACAACCUGGAACGCGAGGAGAUGAGGCGAGCGCGUACUCGUUCCAACCCUUACGAGACCAUCCGAGGAGGGAUCUUCCUCAACAGAGCAGCUAUGAAAAUGGCCAACAUGGACUACUGCUUCGACCACAUGUUUACUGACCCAAAAGCUCCAGAUGGGAAACCGUUAACCCACGACAACACCAGCGAGCUUCUAUACUUCGGCGACGUGUGCGCGGGGCCCGGCGGCUUCUCAGAGUACAUCCUGUGGAAGAGACGCUGGCACGCCAAAGGCUUCGGCAUGACGCUGAAGGGGCCGUGUGACUUUAAACUGGAAGACUUUUACGCCGCGCCUAGCGAGCUGUUUGAGCCUUACUACGGUGAAGGAGGCAUAGACGGCGACGGUGACAUUUCCCAGCCGGAAAACGUGACAGCCUUCCGGAACUUUAUAUUACACAGCACUGAGGGGAGGGGGUUACACUUCCUCAUGGCGGAUGGGGGAUUUUCCGUAGAAGGUCAGGAAAACCUUCAGGAGAUUGUGACCAAACAGCUGCUGCUCUGCCAGUUCCUUACUGCUCUAUCAACAAUCAGGACAGGUGGCCAUUUUGUGUGUAAAACCUUCGAUCUCUUCACACCUUUCAGCGUGGGUUUAGUUUACUUGCUCUACCUCUGCUUUGACCGCGUCUCGCUCUUCAAACCCGUGACCAGUCGGCCUGCCAACUCCGAGAGGUACGUGGUAUGCCGAGGUUUAAAACCAGGCUCGGACGCGGUAAGGGAGUACAUGUUCCGAGUCAAUUUGAGGCUCAAGCAACUGCGGGACACGGAACAGGACGUAACAGAUGUGGUCCCUCUCAGCAUCAUCAAGGAGGACACUGACUUCUACCACUUUAUGGUCAACUCCAAUGAGAGUCUAUGCGCCGUCCAAAUCAAAGCCCUGGCCAAGAUCCACGCAUUUGUUUUAGACCCGUCGCUAUCGGAACCGAGACAAGCCGACAUCCGCAAGGAGUGUCUCAAGCUGUGGGGGGUGCCCGACAAGGCCAGGGUCACGCCGGCGUCCUCCGACCCAAGGUCCAAAUUCUACGAACUGGUCAAGGAUCCCAACGUGGAGUUGUUCAAAAGCAACGUCACAACUCUAAACUCCAGCAACAUUCAAAAGCUGCGACGCGUCUUGGACUACAGGUGCAUUGUGGGAGGCGGCGAGCAGAUUUUCCUUCUAACGCUUGGCAAAUCUCAAAUUUACACAUGGGACGGCAAGAUGCCUCCACGUUGGCAGAAGCUGGAGAACUUCAAGCUGGAGCUUCCCAGAGAUUCUCUACUCAGCGUGGAGAUUGUGCAAGAGCUGAAGGGCGAGGGCAAAGCGCAGCGGCGGAUCAACGCCGUCCACGUGAUGGACGCGCUCAUUCUCAACGGCACGGACGUGAGAGAUCAGCACUUCAACAAGCGGAUCGAGAUGGCUGAGAAGUUUGUGAAGGCUGUGGCCAAACCCAGUAGACCGGACAUGAACCCCAUCAGAGUGAAGGAGGUGUACAGGCUGGAGGAAAUAGAGAAGAUCUUUGUCCGACUUGAAAUGAAGGUGACGAAGGGUUCAGGAGGAGUCCCACGUCCGUCCUACACGGGCCGAGAUGACCGUCACUUCCUUCCCAGGGGCCUCUACAUCAUCAAAACCACCAACGAGCCGUGGAUGAUGGCGCACAGCAAGACCCACAACAAAAAGUAUUUCUAUAACAAGAACACCAAAGUGUCCUCCUUUGACACGCCGCCAGACGCCGCGUCACCGUUCCACGUGUGCCACGGCGAACGUCUCUUCUGGGCGUGGGAGGGCGGAGUCAUAGUGCACGACUCGCAGACGCGCGUGGACGACGAAAAGCUGUCCAAAGAUGAUGUGCUGGCGUUCAUCCGCCACAACCACCAGCUGCGACCUUUGCACGACUGCCGUUAG